CUCAUCGGUUCCCUCUUUGCCUGCAGCCUACUAUGAACUGGCCUCCAGUUCACCACGUCUUUUAGCGCGGUAAGUGCCAUUGAUCCAAGUGGGCUUACUCCAAGCUGCCUGUGGUAUGUUGCCAUGGCAGAGGAAGAUCCUGCUGUGUUCACCUCUGCCACUUUGCCCUCUGACCCCCGUCUCCUUGCCACGGUGACCAACGCCUACCUGGGCACUCGUGUCUACAGGGACAUCUUGCAUGUAAACGGGGUGUAUAAUGGAGCAGUCGGGGACUGUCAUCGUGCUGAUGUUCCCAGCCCUAUUAAUGUCAAAAUGAGUGCGGCUGCUGAGGACAGCCUGAUCGAGACUUUCUCGUUGGACACCAGGACAGGGACCUAUAUCCACACAAUCCAGGCCUCGGGUUAUACGGCCACUCACAGGAUCUAUGCCCACCAAUCCCUUGUUCACCUUCUGGCCUUCAGCGUAACCAUCCAGAGGUCAACGCUUGAAGGCGAACCCAUUGCUGUGAAUCUGCAGACCCAAUUCACACCUGAGAGCCCAGACCUGGACUUGCACAGAGGGGCAGAUUUCCAGGGAGCUCACUACAUCUAUGGAAAGACUUUGGUCCCUGAGGUGGAGAGUGGUCCUCGGCCUACUGUACACAUGAUCUGGACCCCAGUGCUACAAGCAGUGACCCUCCCUGGGGAGGAGAAGGAAAAGACCUGGGAGUUCCUCACAGCUGUAGCAGAGAGUGAAGAGGACGUGAAAAGGAGCUUUAGUGAAGGAAUGUCACUGAUUGUCUCUCAUUCAUUGUAUGUGUCUCACGUCCAGGCGUGGUCAGCCCUCUGGAAAGGAUGCAGUGUGGAAGUUGAGGGACCUCUUUCACUGAGCCAGGCUGUUUAUGGAUGCCUCUAUUACCUGCUGAGUGCCAUUCCUCCCCUGGGUUCUUCUGACUUCCCAUUCUCCGGAAUUAGCCCUGGAGGCCUUUCUAAUGGCACCUCGGGUGAAGAUUACUGGGGUCAUGUCUUCUGGGACCAGGAUACCUGGAUGUACCCAAACAUCUUGCUUUUCUAUCCGGAAGCAGCUUGUGCUAUCUUGAAAUACCGGAUUCGAACGCUAGGAGGAGCUCUGUGCAAUGCACAGGAGCAAGGAUACAAGGGUGCAAAGUUCCCCUGGGAGAGUGCAGCAACAGGCCGAGAGGUCUGCCCUGAGGAGGUUUAUGGAAACGAGGAAAUCCACAUCAAUGGAGAUGUUUUGCUGGCAUUUGAGCAGUAUUACUACAUCACUCAGGACCUGGAGCUCUUUCAUCAGGCAGGAGGCUGGGAGGUGGUCCAUGCUGUGGCUCAGUACUGGUGCAGUCGGGUGGUGUGGAACCCAGAAGACCAGAGCUACCACAUCCCUGGUGUCCUGCCCCCCGAUGAAUAUCAUUGUGCUGUAGAUAACUCUGUUUAUACCAAUGUCAUUGCCCAGAGGAGCUUGAAUUUUGCCAUUGACUUGGGGUCUCAGUUGCAUAUUCCAAUCCCUGAAGAGUGGGAGGAAGUUUGGAAGAAAAUUAAAGUGCCUUUUGAUAAAAGCAGGAAUUACCACCCAGAGUAUGAUGGGUACUGCCCAGGUGAGCAAGUGAAACAGGCUGAUGUUGUCCUGCUUGGAUUCCCUGUCAUGUAUCCCAUGGACCCAGAAGUCAGAAGGAAUGACCUAGAGAUGUAUGAACCGGUGACUGACCCUCAGGGGCCAGCCAUGACCUGGAGCAUGUUUGCUAUUGGCUGGUUGGAGCUGAAGGAGACCGGAAGAGCCCAACAGCAGCUGAGCAAAUGUUUCAGCAACAUCACUGAGCCAUUCAAGAUCUGGGUGGAGAACCCUGAUGGAUCAGGAGCUGUGAACUUCCUUACAGGGAUGAGUGGAUUUCUGCAAGCUAUCAUUUAUGGAUACACUGGAUUCAGGAUCACCAAGAAGCACCUGAAGUUUGACCCCGUUUGUCCAGAUAACAUAAAGAAGCUCAAGAUCACCGGCGUGUGCUACUUAGGAAGCAAGCUGAAUUUCACCCUUACCAAAGAAGAUGUCACCAUCCAAGUGACACAGGCCUCCUCCGUCCUACAGUCACCUGGUCUGGAGGCUGUGCUGGCAGGAACAGGCAAGCAUCUUCCCUUAAAUGAAGGACAGAUCAUCUCCUUCCCUGUAACUGCUGGCUGGAUCCAGAAGGUUGAGACAAUUUAAAGCCAGCUUGUUUUGAUUCUGUGACAAGUAUGAAAAAACUACCAAGCCUUUCCAAGCGUAGCAGACAGCCAGUACAGUGGUACCUUGGGUUACAGACACUUCAUGUUACAGACUCCACUAACCCAGAAAUAGUACCUCGGGUUAAGAACUUUGCUUCAGGAUGAGAACAGAAAUUGCGUGGUAGUGGCAGCGGGAGGCCCCAUUAGCUAAAGUACCUCAGGUUAAGAACAGUUUGGAGAGAAAAGAGCUUAUUUUUCCGCCUUUUUUCUGGAGGGAGGGGUGAGCAGUUGUCUGAAGAAAUCCCCAAACCUUUCUUGUUACUUUGCUUAUUGUACAUUGUUAUUAGCAUUGGAGGAGGGGAGGGUGGAGUGUAAACCACUUAUAUUCCCCCCCCUAUAAUUUUUAUUAAAUUUUCUGUUUUACUUUAAGGUUGUUUAAAUGAAUAUUCUAAAAUGUAUCAAUGACUUCCCUUCUUCUCUUUCCAUGGUUCAUUUUGCAUAACAUAAAUCCCUGCAUAUUUUACAUAGAAUCAUAGAGUUGGAAGAGACCACAAGGGCCAUUGAGUCCAACACCCUGCCAAGCAGGUAACACCAUCAAAGUAUUCCUGACAGAUGGUUGUCAAGCCUCUGCUUAAAGACCUCCAAAGAAGGAGACUCCACCACACUCCUUGGCAGCAAAUUCCACUGUCGAACAGGUCUCACUGUCAGGAAGUUCUUCCUAAUGUUUAGGUGGAAUCUUCUUUCUUGUAGUUUGAAUCCAUUGCUCCGUGUCUGCUUCUCUGCAGCAGCAGAAAACAACCUUUCUCCCUCCUCUAUAUGACAUCCUUUAAUAUAUUUGAACAUGGCUAUCAUAUCACCCCUUAACCUUCUCUUCUCCAGGCUAAACAUCCCCAGCUCCCUAAGCCAUUCCUCAUAAGGCAUCAUUUCCAGGCCUUUGACCAUUUUGGUUGCCCUCCUCUGGACACUUUCCAGCUUGUCAAUAUCCUUCUUCAACUGUGGUGCCCAGAACGGGACACAGUUUUCCAGGUGAGGCACUAUUACUUCCCUUGAUCUAGAUCAGGCAUCCCCAAACUUCGGCCCUCCAGAUGUUUUGGACUACAAUUCCCAUCUUCCCCAACCACUGGUCCUGUUAGAUAGGGAUCAUGGGAGUUGUAGGCCAAAACAUCUGGAGGGCCAUUGUUUGGGGAUGCCUGCUCUAGAUGCUAUACUCCUAUUGAUGCAGCCCAGAAUUGCAAUGGCUUUUUCUGCAUCACACUGUUGACUCAUUCCAAGUUUGUGGUCUACCAAGACUCCUAGAUCCUUUUCACAUGUACUGCUCUCAAGCCAGGUGUCACCCAUCCUUUAUUUGUGGCUUUCAUUUUUUAUUUUUUAUUUUGCCCAAGUGUAGUACUUUACAUUUCUCCCUGUUAAAAUUCAUCUUGUUUGCUUUGGCCCAGUUCUCUAAUCUGUUAAGGUCAUUUUGAAGUGUGAUCCUGUCCUCUGGGGUAUUAGCCACCCCUCCCAAUUUGGUGUCAUCUGCAAACUUGCUCAGGAUGCCCUCAAGCCCAUAAUCAAACUCAUUGAUAAAGAUGUUGAAUAAGACUGAAUAAGACUGGGCCCCCCACUAGUCCCUUCUCUCCAGGAUGAAGAGGAGCCAUUGAUGAGCACCUUUUGGGUUUGGUCAGCCAGCCAAUUACAGAUCCACUGAAUGGUAGCAUUGUCUAGCCCGCAUUUUACUAGCUUCGUUACAAUAAUAUCAUGGGGCACCUUGUCAAAGGCCUUGCUGAAAUCAAGAUAGGCUACAUCCACAGUGUUCCCUUCGUCUACCAAGCUUGUAAUUCUGUCAAAAAAUGAGAUCAGAUUGGUCUGACAUGACUUAUUUUUCAGAAACCCAUGCUGACUUUUAGUGAUCACAGUGUUCCUUUCUAGCUGCUCACAGACCAUUUGCUUAAUGAUCUGCUCUAGAAUCUUUCCUGGUAUUGACGUCAGGCUGACUGGGUGAUAAUUGUUUGGGUCCUCUUUUUUUUCCCCUUUUGAAAAUAGGGACAACCUUUGCCCUCCUCCAGUCUGCUAAACCAUUCAGUAUUCCAUUAUUACAUCCAUCAAAACUUACUUACACUGUUGAAUUUAUCGUAAAGCUGCCUGCGUUUUCAGGUUUACACAAUUUUUCCCCAUUUGUGGGGGAGUGUAAACCACUUUUAGAUAUAUAUAUAUAUUUGCAAUCAUGGUUUAUAUACAUGUUAUGAAAUAAAUAAAUAAAACUGCGAGUCAGUAGUUAUCUUUCUUCAGACCAGAACUGAACCCCUUGA